CCCGGAAGCUGCGGGCGUGGCGGAAGUGCUGGCCGGGAAGCUGGAGAGCGGCGGUCCUGACGAGCCUCUCGCCCCGCCCCGUUCGGUCUGGCUGGGGAGCUGUCAGUCAUGGCGCUGUCCUCGCGGCUGUGGCGCCUUCUCACUCUGCGGCGCGGAGCCACCCAGAGCUUCCGUCAGCUGGCGAGGACCUGGGGCAGCCGGGGACACUGUGGCUCCGAGGUGAUAAGAAACACUCGACCUUUCAAGAGAGGCCUUUUGUUCUCAGCCUUGUCUUUUUUGGGUUUUGAAACCUACCAAGUCAUUUCUCAGGCUGCCGUGGUUCAUGCCACAGCCAAAGUUGAAGAAAUACUUGAGCAAGCAGACUACCUAUAUGAAAGUGGAGAAACAGAGAAGCUUUAUCAGUUGCUCACACAGUACAAGGAAAGUGAGGAUGCAGAGCUACUGUGGCGUUUGGCACGAGCAUCACGUGACAUAGCACAGCUUAGUAGGACUUCAGAAGAAGAAAAAAAAGUUUUGGUGUAUGAAGCUCUAGAGUAUGCAAAAAGAGCACUAGAGAAAAACGAGUCAAGUUUUGCUGCUCAUAAGUGGUAUGCAAUCUGCAUUAGUGAUGUUGGAGACUAUGAAGGCAUCAAGGUUAAGAUUGCAAAUGCCUACAUUAUCAAGGAACAUUUUCAGAAAGCAAUUGAGCUGAACCCUAAAGAUGCUACUUCAAUUCACCUUAUGGGUAUUUGGUGCUAUACAUUUGCUGAAAUGCCUUGGUAUCAAAGAAGAAUUGCUAAAGUGCUGUUUGCAAAUCCUCCUACUUCCACCUAUGAGGAGGCCUUGAAAUACUUUCACAGGGCAGAACAAGUGGAUCCAAACUUCUACAGCAAAAACUUGCUGCUGUUAGGAAAGACAUACUUAAAACUAAACAACAAAAAGCUUGCUGCUUUCUGGCUGGUAAAAGCCAAGGGUUAUCCAGCACACACAGAGGAAGAUAAACAGAUACAGACAGAAGCUGCUCAGUUGCUUACAGGUUUGUGACAAGAACUGAGAACUUUUUGGAGAAGGCAACAAUUUACCUAACACUUUGUAUUUCAUUGAUUUAUAAAGAUGAUACAUUAACCAUAAUGAUUCUAUGGCUCCCCCCCUCAGUUCUUUUAUGUUUAACCAUUUUUCAGAAUAAAUGGACAAAAUUCUGGGUUUCUUCACAAUUAAAAGUGUAAAAGAAACUGUCACAUUACCUACGAGUGGCAGCAGUACAUUUCCCUGGUUCAGACAAACAUUUUCAAUUUGGAACACCAACAGGAAAAAAUGGUACAGGAUAUGUAAGUAUUCAUCACACCAGGAUGAGAGAUUUCCAAAAGAAGGCUUUCUAAACAGAUGGCAUAUGAGGGAAUGGUUUGCAUCUUGUAACUGACUGAAAGUUGCUGUCUUGAAGAAAAGGUAAAAUUAUGAUGUUGAGGGCUCCUGGCAUACAGAACUUAAGUGAUGUGUCUUAGAAAGCCAACCUUUCUAAGGAAAGGAAAAAUAAUAUGGAACAAUUUGCCUUUUGAAAUGUGUUAUAACUUCAUAGAUGGGUUGAAUUUGUCACUUGGCAAACUGUUAUCCUUUAUAGAAUGUUGGGUCACAGAUCUCAGGGUGAGGAGGAAAUAGAAUAUUCAACAGGCAGGGUACUAUCACUUGAGUCUAAGGCGCCACCAUGGCAGACUUACAUGUUGUAACAAUUGAAGCUUGGAUGCCACUUCACUUACACAGAAUGAAUGUGAGACUGUAUACGUAUACCACCCCUCCCCCCGCCAAAGACAUGAGAAUUGUAAUGUUUUAAUAAAUUACAGCAAAAUGUGUAGGUGUCUGCUGUUCCUGUUUUACUAUGUAAACUUUCAAACAUAAACAUUGGAAGUACACCCUGUACUUAGAUUUAAGGUAUCAAUACUUUGCUAUAUCCUAUUUUUGUAUAUCUAUUCACAUAUAAUGGAUUUUAAACCUUUGAAAUUACAGAUAUUAUCAUACUCUUUAGUAUCUCAGCUGCCCUUCAGAAUAAGUACAUCUUCCAAAACAAAUACCAGACCUAUUACAUUAUUUGUAACAAGACAUACUCAAAUUUUCUUAACUGUCCAAAAAGAAAAUCUUCUGCAUUUUGAGAACAGAAUUUGAUUUGCAGCAGUUGGUUUUCAUACAGAAAAUUUCUUCCCACAUCUUACAACACAGACUUUUUGGAGAAGCCAAUUUAAUUGUUAUUAUCAACUGUCCUCUGAGAAUCAUGUUCCACCUUGUCUUUUGGACUCCAGUUAAUUAUACUUAGUCGUCUUUGGCUUUCAUAUUCAUAUUUGAAAUUAACCUCUGUUUCGUUUUCUAAGUUCAUUUCCAUUUUUUAUACACUUUGUUUUCCUUUAGGUGGUUUGUAUUACUUAAAAUGUGAUCAUUAUCUUCAUUUGCAGGUUUUAUUUUGUCUUUUUCUUCAUUUUUCUCCUGACUUUUGUCAGUAGCCACUCAAUACUUUCAUUAAUUGUCUAGUUAUGAAUUUUAGCUACUUUUCAUUCACAUUAGUAUAUCAUUCUAAAGAACUUAAUUUUUUUUAUAUUACAUCCAGGCCUUUAUCAGAUAUGUAUCCCAGCUGCUUCUGUGGGUUUAUUCCUUAGAAUGGCUUUUCUAGUGAUUUUUUUUGUUACCAGCACAAAGUCAUGGAAUCAAUCCCUAGCACUCACACACAAGAAAUUAUUUCUGGAAAGUUAAUUUUGUGAAAGGAGAUACUUUCCAAUAAUAAAGGCUUUAUGAAUUAGAGAAUCUAUCUUCUGAUGCUUUACAGACCAUCUUUAUUUUAAAAUAAUUAAGAUUCAUAAGAAAUUAUAUAAUACAGUACAAGCAGGUUCUGAAUACCCUUCUUCCUGUUUGCCCAUGGGUGACAAGUAGCUAUAGUUUAAUACCAAACUAAGAAACAUACAGGUGUGAUCUGUAGACCUUAAUUCAGAUUGUAUGACUUUUAUAUGUCCUCACUUAAUGUUUAGUUCUUAUUAACUUCAUUAUACAAAUUUUAUAACUACCACCACAGGCUAGAUACACAUGUGUUUUACUUAGACAUCUAGUGCUCUAUAUAGUCAUACACAUCCACCAUCAGUUCUUCUAACAUUCCUGACACAUCCUACAACUAAUAUGCUAUGAAUCUGCCACUUCAAGAAUCUUGAGCAAAUGCAAUCUUCUAGAAUAUGACCUUUUGAGAUUGUGUCUUUUCACUUAGUCAGAUCCUCUUAGAACAAUUAAGUUCAAUCAGUAGUUUUUCCUUUUAGUGUUAAUAUUUUUUCCAUCUGUUGAAGGUAUUUAGUGUUUUCUAAUUUGUGGCUAUGAAAACUAAAAUUGUUUUACAUUCAUGUUUAUUGUGGUAUUGUUUACAAACAAGUUAUGGAAUCAGUGUAGACACCUAUCAAGUAGACAAAGAAAAUGUAUAUAUUAACAAACCAGUUUUAUUCAGCCAUAAAAAGUGAAAUUACCUCAUUUGCAGCCAAAACGAUGGAACUGAAGAUGAUCUUGUUAAACCAAUAGAAACUCAGGUGGAUACUGCAUGUAGAUCCAAAUUAAACAAACAAACCAAAAAACAACAUCAAAGUAGAAGGCAGAUUACUUGGAAAGAGGAAGGAUGUAAUGGCUGGCUGGACAUAUCAGAGCAUAUAUGAAAAUGUCACAAUGAAGCCUGUUGUUUUGUAAAGUGAAUAUACACUAAUAAAAAAUUUAAAGCUGU